AUUAACAAUUUGAGAAAACCCUAGAGAAUUCGAUUAUUUGGCUCUUCACAAGUCCAAGAGCCGGAUUUCGCAAUCGAAGCAUUGGGAUUCUUCAUUGGGUUCUCAUAUCCAGUUAGGGUUUGCUGAUUUUGCUCCCAUGGCUUCGGAUUAGGGCUUGUUUUGGGUUUUGAUUUGGUUGAUUUGAUGUCUGGAAUGGCGACGACGAGGUCUGCGAGUCCGAUUAGGGAUGGUGGCGUUGACGCGGCACCGUUGCUUGGGUCCCGAGGAGGAGGAGGUGAGGAACGAGGUGGCCGGAGGUUGGGAAGGAGACCGAGCCUUAGGGGAGCUGCGCGGUUUCUUCGCCGGGCGAGUAGCCGGCGGAUGAUGCGGGAGCCGUCGAUGCUGGUGCGGGAGACGGCGGCGGAGCAGCUGGAGGAGCGGCAGAGUGAUUGGGCGUAUUCCAGGCCGGUUGUGUUUCUGGAUGUACUUUGGAAUAUGGCGUUUGUUGGAGUGGCGGGCGGGGUGUUGAUCUUGAGCCGGGAUGAGAAGCCGGUGAUGCCGUUGAGGUUGUGGGUUGGAGGGUAUGCGUUGCAGUGCUUGCUUCAUAUGGUUUGUGUGUUAAUUGAGUAUCGCAGGAGAAAUCAUCUCGUGGAGAGGGGUGGGAGUGGGAGUGGGAAUGGGAGUCGGAGUCGGGGGAGCUCGGGGCCGAGUUCUCCGAGGGUGGUGGACGAUUCUAGUGGUUACGGUGUUGAACAAGGCCAAGAGGAGGAAAGGACUAGUAUUGCGAAACAUCUGGAGUCUGCGAACACAAUGUUCUCGUUUAUCUGGUGGAUUAUCGGUUUCUAUUGGGUAUCUGCUGGUGGCCAAGCCUUGACUCGUGAUGCGCCCCAACUUUACUGGCUUUCCAUUGUUUUCCUGGCAUUUGAUGUGUUCUUUGUUGUAUUCUGUGUCGCACUUGCUUGUCUUAUCGGAAUUGCUGUUUGUUGCUGUCUACCAUGCAUCAUUGCAAUUUUAUAUGCUGUGGCGGAUCAGGAAGGAGCAUCCGAGGAGGACAUCCAUCAACUUCCAAAAUACAAAUUUCGAAGAAUUGGACCUUCUGAAAAACUUGGUGGUGAGAUAUCUGGUCCUUUUGGUGGAGUAAUGGCUGAGUGUGGCAGUGAUCCACCCAAUGAGCAUGUUCUCUCCCCAGAAGAUGCUGAGUGCUGCAUCUGUCUUUCAUCAUAUGAUGAUGGGGUGGAGCUACGUGAACUCCCCUGUGGCCACCAUUUCCACUGUGGUUGUAUCGACAAGUGGCUAUACAUCAACGCGACCUGCCCGCUCUGCAAGUACAACAUCAUAAAGAGCAGCAACAACCACGGCCGGGAGGAGGUGUAGAAGACGCCCUGGUUCUCUUGCAUCAAAGUGUUUUUUUUCCUAUAGCAUCCUCUACGACACAUGCGUUUUCGUUCUUGUCAAUGUCUAUAAGGUUUGCUCCGUGAAAUCCAUGCUAUAGAAAAUGUAUUCGGGGAGAAAAUUACAUAAUAUUUAUCCGUUUCGUAUUUCGUAGGAGGGUGAUGAAGAGUUUAAUAAAUGGUACACAAAUGUCUGUUCCAAUAGAUAAAAGUUUUCAUUCUUGGGUGAUUUCAGUCAUGUUAGGCCAAGUUUGAUGAUCAAACCUAUAUAUGUAGUUCUUGUAUAUUUAGUUGAGUGAAGCAUGAUAAAUGUUGUCACUUUGAAAGGCUCCAAAUUUCUUGGAA